CAACCCCACACUAGAAGAUCAACAUUGGCAUAUUGCAUAAUUUUCAGAGUUCACAAUGCAGGGCUUACCAGUUCCAUUCGAUUAAUCCAACUUUCUGCUUACAGACAAAUGGAAUGGGAAAACCUGACCAGUGUCUCAGAUUUUUUCCUUCUGGGGCUCUCCCAGCAGCCAGAGCAGCAGGGAGUCCUCUUCGGGUUGUUCCUGCCCAUGUACCUGGUCACAGUGGCAGGCAACCUUCUCAUCAUUCUGGCCAUCUUCACUGAUGCUCAGCUCCACACUCCCAUGUACUUCUUCCUGGCCAACCUUUCCCUCGCUGAUACCUGCUUUGUGUCCACCACAGUCCCAAAGAUGCUGGCAAACAUAUGGUUCCAGAAUCAGGUCAUCUCAUAUGUGGGAUGUCUAUCACAACUCUAUUUUUUCAUGCUGUUUGUGAUGCUGGAAGCAUUCAUCUUGGCCGUCAUGGCCUAUGACCGCUAUGUGGCUAUAUGCUACCCACUCCAUUACCUCAUGGUCAUGAGCCCUGGUCUCUGUAUCCUCCUAGUGUCUGCAUCCUGGAUCGUGAAUGCCCUCCACUCCCUCCUACACACACUCUUGAUGAACAGCCUGUCCUUCUGUGCAGCCCACGAGAUCCCACACUUCUUCUGUGACAUCAACCCUCUUCUGAGUCUGUCCUGCACAGACCCCUUCAUCAAUGAGCUGGUGAUUUUCACUGUAGGGGGUCUUGCAGGCUUGGUUUGUGUGCUCUGCCUGGUUAUCUCUUACGCAUAUAUCUUCUCCACAAUCCUGAAGAUGCCCUCAGCUCAGGGGAAGCGGAAAGCCUUUUCCACCUGCAGCUCCCACCUCUCUGUGGUCUCUCUAUUCUUUGGGAGUUCCUUUUGUGUUUAUUUCAGUCCCCCCUCGGUCCGCUCAGCACAGAGGGGCACAGUGGCAUCAGUGAUGUACACAGUGGUAACCCCAAUGCUGAAUCCCUUUAUCUAUAGUUUAAGGAACAAGGAUAUCAAGUCUUCCCUGAGAAAGCUAAUGUGGGCUAGGAAAAUUCAUUCCCCUUAG